AUAAAAGCCCCGGCGGGGGCGCGCUUUCCUUCAGGAGCCGCCGGCAAGGGGGCAAGGAGGGAGCUCUUUAGAGUAUAGCCGGAAAGGAGAAGUUGAGAUUACAGUCAUCCUGCCACAAUGAUUUCUGCAAAGUCCAAACUUGUUGUACCCUAUGGCCUCAAGACUCUGCUGGAGGGAGUUAGCAGAGCUAUUCUCAAAACCAAUCCAGCAAACAUCACCCAGUUUGCAGCAGUUUAUUUUAAAGAACUUAUUGUGUUUAGAGAAGGGAAUACUUGUCUGGAUAUAAAAGAUCUGGUUAAACAAUUUCAUCAGACUAAAGUGGAGAAAUGGUCAAAAGGAGCAACACAAGAGAAGAAACCAAAAUGUGUGAAAGAACCAGAAGGAACAUCUGUAGUUUCUCAAGAACCUACCCGGAUGGAAAAAUCUACGGACACAGAGGAGGACAAUAUAGCUAGACCAUUCUUCAUCAACAAAACCACCCAGUUUCCAUCAGUUAAUGCUGAAUUUCUAGAGCCUGAAGAGAGAAAUGAAGCAGUUCGUGGUCCUUCUUCCAAACCACACACCCCUAAGGUUAUCACCCCACCCUCAUCACCAUCUCCAGCAGCUGUCUCACCAGAGUUUGCCUAUGUCCCAGCUGACCCAGCUCAGUUUGCUGCUCAGAUGUUAGCAAUAGCAACAAGCGAAGCAGGACAACCACCA